GCCAACUGGCGAAGGAUCGCUGCGUUUGCGCUGUUUAUUGUUUAAAAAUUAAUAAAAUUCAAACAAACGGAGCCGCUAAUAUAUUUAGUGCAUAUGAAAGCCGGAAAAUCAUAGUUAUUUAAGUGUUUAAACGUGUGGUGGAAUGCAAGAAAUAGAUGUAGCUGGAACCGGAAUGCAAGACGCUAAAUGAAAAAGUGAAAGAAUUUUCCAAUUGUGUAUGCAUUUUUUCCUAAAAAAUUCAAGCUCAUUUCGAUAUAAAUACUUGGUUAACUAAUUGCCUACGUUAUAAUAUUAAGCCCGCUGAUUGCAUUUGUGUUUAAACAUGUCCGAGCAAUGUUUUCAACAAAAGGAAUUUUGUAACCGAUCCCCGAACUCUUCAAUUGGUAAUUUGACAUUUUUUUCCCAAUGAAAACUGAACAGGUUUGUGCAUUUGUGCGAUCGGUUGGAAACAGCCACGGCCAAUACAAAUAAAAGCAUAAAAACUGUGAGGGCAGUUGCUAUUACUGCUACUACAUCAUAGCACGAAGAGUUAUUAAAAUCACAUAUGCAUGUACACUUGCUUGCAAACAUAUAGUGGACAGGCAUACUGCAGAAACAUCAAGUGGGUUGGCAGUAGCAGACAAAGUGGUAAGCGGUGGCAGAGCAGAAGUAAUAAACUUGAUUUUUACCUGUCUCCCAACGCCGCUUGGUCCAUAUCAGAAGAGCUAAUUACGUACAUACGUACAUCCAAUCAAGCGCUAGACAAACUGUAAGAUACGUUUUUAUUGAAUUGAUAUGCUUGUUGCUCCUACGUUUGAUAAAGUAUUUACGCCGGCGCAUCGAUAACCAAUCAUAAUAAAAACCAAUUUACGAACACAAGUUUUGGUGCUGUCGUUGAAACGCUCCCAGAUUCGGGAGAAUACAGUGUAACGCAUUAAUUAUGCAUCACCAUCAUCCACUCUCGCCCGCACAACCUGCCACUGGUACGCCUUCGGCCAGCAGCAAUACAACAGCAUCAGCACUGCCUAGCAAUAAUGCUAUUGCUAGUGUCGGUGCAGUCAAUGGAGCCAGUACCAGUACAGGCACAUCACAUGUACAACAGCGACGUCGUAAGAAGCGCCCGAACUAUGGCACACGCACUGUAGAAGUGCGACGCGGUUAUAAUGGAUUCGGUUUUACCAUAUCUGGUCAGCAACCCUGCCGGCUUUCAUGUAUAGUUGCCAAUUCACCGGCAGACCAGGCUGGGCUGCGUGCUGGCGAUUUUCUAAUUUCCGUUAAUGGUUUAAACGUUUCCAAGCUACCGCACGAAACAGUUGUGCAAUUGAUUGGCAACUCAUUUGGCAGUAUACGUAUGCAAAUCGCCGAGAACUAUUACUCGGAUAGUUCGGAUGAAGAGAAUGCAGCGUUGAUGUUGCAACAGCAAUCAUCUGCGACUGGAAUGAAUGGCGUACUCUCCAGUCAGUUGGGUUUAGGUGUGAGUGGCGCACGCGCAAAACCUCGUUAUCUACACCACAAGGCCAAGAUGCAUCGAUUACGGAAUUCGCCUCAAAAGAAGCGCACAGUUACCUUACAACAACAGCAGCAGUUGGCACGCGCCGAACAGCUGUCAAAGAGUGUAUCCGCGCUCAAGCCGAUGGAACUGCAGAAGCUACGGCCGCUUAUUGAAGAUUUACCGCUACCCGCAGGUGGUUCGCCGUAUGUAAUGCCCAAUAGUAGUGCACCAAAAUUGCCCACAGCUGCAGUUGCUACCUCCGACAGCGCUGUCGCUGACUUGGCAAAUGUUAAUGCCAUGGCGCGUGCACCAGCCGCUGCGUUAGAGUAUCGCGCUAUUGUUGGUUAUCUGGGCACUAUCGAAAUGCCAAAACAAAUUUCGCAUAGCUCAAAAUUACAAACUGUACGCUCAUGCAUACGUAAACUACGUCAAGAAAAGCGCCACUUAUACUGA